AGUUGCACAGUCAUGCUGAUGUCGAAAUCGAGGGGAGAGCGCGAGCCAGACGGAAAGGUGGGUCAAGCAAACUGACAGCGGUGCGGCACGAGCCCCGGUGUGGACGUUUGGUUCCGCUUACUGGUUUCCAGUUUAACUGGGAGAGGAGAGGAGUUUAAUACUGGGAUUUCUGGUGCACGCCCAUGUUUGGAGAGCAACACAGAAGACAGGUCAGGACUGGCGUCGAUGUGACACGUUUCUCAGCAGCUCGAACCAUAUUCAUCAUUCAGCAAUGGCCACUUGGUCUGAGAGGGAACUCUGCCACGAUGGCGUCGGAACCAGGCAAAAGAAGCACGGCUCUCCGUCUCCCAGCGAUCACCAGUUGUGUUUGUAUUUCUUCACCACUCGCGGUUGGGUCUAGACUCUUUACCACUCUUCCGACCCGCUCAGUAUAUCCCCAGUCAGCGUGUUUCAGACCUCCGGCCUCAGAGAAUGAUAUGUCCAAGGAAGAAGAGGCCCGUCAAAGAUGAGGAUUUCUCGGCCAUCGUGGUGCCCUCCAUGAGGGGCCACGGUUAUCUGGACUACACCAUCGAGAGCCACCCCUCCAGAGCCUUCCAGCUCAUGGACGAGCUGCGGCACCACGGCCUGCUCUGCGACCUGGUGCUUCACGUCACGUACAAAGACAGAGUGGUGGAUUUCAAGGUACAUAAACUGGUGCUGGCUGCUUGCAGCCCCUACUUCAAAGCCAUGUUCACCAGCAACUUCAAGGAGUGCAAGGCCUCGGAGAUAACCCUGAGGGACGUGUGCCCGACGGUGAUCGAGCGGCUGGUGAACUACGCCUACACCUCGCGCUUCACGGUGGGAGAGAAGUGCGUCCUGCACGUCCUGCUGGGCGCCAUGCGCUACCAGAUGGAGGACGUGGCCAAAGCGUGCUGUGACUUCCUGGUCAAAAACCUGGAGGCCUCCAACGUGAUCGGGAUCUCACGCUUCGCAGAGGAGAUCGGCUGUGUGGAGCUUCACCAGCGGAGCCGGGAGUACAUCAACACUCACUUCAGUGAGGUGAUCAAAGAGGAGGAGUUCUUCAGCCUGUCUCACUGCCAGCUGCUGGAGCUGAUCAGCCAGGAGAGCCUGAAGGUGCUCUGCGAGACCGAGGUCUACAAGGCCUGCAUCGACUGGGUGCGCUGGGACGUGGAGGGUCGCGCCCAGUACUUCCACGCUCUGCUCAACGCUGUCCACAUCUACGCCCUACCAGCCAAGUUUCUCAAGAGGCAGCUGCAGUCCUGCCCCAUCCUGAGCAAAGCCAACUCCUGCAAAGACUUCCUGUCCAAGAUCUUCCAAGAGAUGACCCUCCGCAAGCCGCUGCCCCCCACGCCGCUCCGGGGCAACCAGCUGAUCUACAUGUCUGGGGGCUACAACCAGCAGUCGCUGGCCUCGAUGGAAGCCUUCGACCCCCACAGGAAAGCGUGGCUGAAGCUGGCGGAGAUGGACACGCCCUGCAGUGGUCUGGGGGCCUGCGUGCUGUUCGGGCUCUUCUACUCUGUGGGGGGACGCAACCUCUCUCUGCAGAGCAACGUGGACUCGGAGGCGCUGUGCUGCUACAACCCAAUGACCAACCAGUGGACCCAGCUAGCUUCACUGAACACACCCAGAAACAGGGUGGGCAUCGGGGAGCUGGACGGAAGCAUCUACGCUGUGGGCGGGUCACAUGGGUCCAUGCAUCACAACACGGUGGAGAGAUAUGAUCCAGAGGCCAACAGGUGGACGUUCGUGACCCCGAUGUCUGUGUCCCGGCUGGGGGCUGGAGUGGCAGCCUGCGGGGGCGCUCUGUAUGUGGUGGGGGGCUUCGAUGGAGAAAACCGGUGGAAAUCAGUAGAGCGCUUCCAGCCGGACACCAACACUUGGCAACAUGUAGCACCUAUGAAUACAGUACGAAGUGGCUUAGGAGUGGUGUGUAUAGAUUCCUACCUCUAUGCAGUGGGGGGAUACGACGGCCAAACACAACUCAACACUAUGGAGAGGUAUAACGUGUCCCGAGACGUUUGGGAGCCUAUGGCGUCUAUGGGGCACUGCCGCAGUGCACACGGUGUCACCGUCUACCAAGGCAAACUCUUCGUAUUCGGUGGCUUCAACCAGAGCGGUUUCUUGUCCAGUGUUGAGUGUUAUUGUCCGGCCAGCAACCAGUGGACGUACGUGACGGACAUGCCGGUGGGCCGGAGCGGUAUGGGCGUGGCCGUAACAAUGGAGCCGUGCCCGGGCUGCCUCCCGGAGGAGGACGAGGAAACGUGAGAGUGAACUUUGACCUGGUCACACUGUCCCUGACGCUCUGAACCUUUGGACACUUUUCUCCGUAUCAGAAUAAACGCACAAUUGCCCAAUCAGGCCGAGAAGCUCUGGGACACUUUCGCCAGUCUUCUUCGUGAAGAUUUACGAUGAUUCCGGCAUGGCGCUGUGCCGUGUGUGUGUGUUUGCGUGUGUGUGUGUGUGUGUGUGUGUGUGUGUGUGUGGACCUUAGAAAGCAAGACAGCAAUCACUGGACUAUGAAGUUGAUUAAAUAACCUAAUGAGUUUUAUAUUUUAUAUAAUUCACUGUGCCUAAGAUGUACAUUGACACGCUGUCUGACUGCUGAAAAUUUGAUUUAUCAGUUUGCUCUGUAUUUUUUUUAAUGUUUAAUCUUGGAUAAAAGACUGAAUAUUCACA